CUUUUUAACUUUCUCACGCCAUAUUAUUACUACUGCUGCUAUUUAUCAUUAAAAAAUGUGCCAUCAAUCUAUGUCUAUUAAUAAAAUACUGGUCAAUAAUCAACCUUUGAAACUAGAAAAGACAGCUAAAGUUAAAAUAUUUUAUACAUUCAAUGGAUCCCAAAAGCAUUGUUUAUGUUCAUUUGAUAUGAAAAUCGAUACAUUGGAUAAGGAUAAGAAAUGGAUAAAUGUACCUUUAAAACAAUGCUUAUUAUCUGUUUGUUCCUCAUGCCCAGAUCAAUUAAUUUACAAAGACGCAGCUGUUUACAGUGCUAAUUUUGAAGAAAGUUUAACAGUAGAAAACUGGUCUCCCCUUCAUGAUGCCGAGUCCAAUAUUGUUUGGGAAGGGCAUGGCUUAUUGUCUGCUGUAUUAAAUGAAAAAGAACAAUAUGCCACUGGAAAAUUAGUGUUGUCGUCAGACGCUUAUGAUUGUCACAUUGAAGUUUUGAUUCAGCUACAACCUGUUCAACAACAAAAAGAACGACAAGAACAAAAACAACCAUCACCUUCCUUAGAAAACUAUCUUCCGCCUGUACGUUCCAUAUGGGAUAAUAAUUAUGCACCACCUCCACCUCCACCAGCUAAAGCUUCACCGUCACCUCCACAAUUGCCCAUACUACCCUGGGCCAGACCAGACUCAUCCCGUUUGCCUUCAAUUCAAAACCAUAACUAUGAAAACCAACCAAUCGAAUAUCCACCUGCCAUUCAACGUAACUGGCCAGGAAGCCGUUACGAUGCAGACACAUUUAUUCAAAAAAGAAAACAGGCAUCUGAACCAGAACAACAACCACAAAAGCAACCUAAAAAGACAAAACAAGCCAUGACCAUUAGAUCGAUUACCUCCACAGGCACCACAGACACUUACUUUCACCAAUCCAGACGAAAAAAGCGCGACACAAAACCUCCCAACGCAAACGACAUUCGACCAUUUAUAGAGGUCGAAAAGAACGAAGAUGGAGAAUAUAUCUUGCCUGCUGAAGUCGACUCUUGGACAGUAUUAAGCCUCGGUACUGUCGUUUGGGAUCGUGCUGCGUUCCACAACCAGAGAUAUAUUUACCCUGUUGGUUACCGAGUUAAAAAGUGGUAUCGUAGUAUGGUUGACCCACACAGUGAUACUCAGUAUACCUGUGAAAUCUUGGAUGGUGGCGAAGAACCUAUUUUCCAACUCAAUGCAGAUGAUAAUCCUAAUGAAUGCUGGCGUGGUCCUACUCCUACUACAGUAUGGACCAUUGUUGUUCGAAGAGCUUUUGCUAUUCGUAAUAUGGACUAUGGACAUAAUCCAGUUGGACCAGACUUUUUUGGUCUACGAAAAAAUACAAUUGCAAAAAUGAUCCAAGAUCUACCAAACGCAGACAAAUGUAAAAAUUACAUAUGGCAAAACUUUGAAGCCAUGAGUAAUACAAAAGGCAAAUCAGUAAGAAGGUCAGCAGCCCCAAGAAUUGCGUCCAUACACAACGAUAGAUUACUUUUAAAAUCAGCUGCAGAAGAUCAAUCCAAUAGUAGCAGUAGCAGUAGUAACUCUUCCUCACCGCGCACAGACGACAAUGAAUAAUUGUGUUUAUAUUAUACAUAUUUAUAUACAUAUUUAUUAUUUUAUAUCUAUACAAAUGGCCCUCUUUAUCAUGUAUAUCUCUCUUUCUUUCUUUCUCUCUUUCUCUUUCUUUUUUUUUUUGUUCUUUCCUUUAAACAUAUGUUUGUUGUCAUUUAUUAAAUUACACUAGCCUUUCCCCUUUAUGUUAAUAUGCUGUCUCAAAUAAAUUGUCUAGUGUCACUAGCUUGUUCGCUGUGCACUAAAAUCAC